AUGAUGCCUUCGACACUUGGCCAUCUAAUGAAUAACCGAUGGUCACAUAUGGCUCAUUCGGAUGUUCCAGAGAGUCGACAGGAGAUAACUAAGGAUUUUCAUUCUUUUUUUCUUUUCUGCCUUCUUUCUUUACUUCUUUCCUUCUUUUCUUCCUUCUUUCCUUUUUUUCUUUCUUUCUUUUUUUUCUUUCUUUCCAUCCUUUCUUCCGUCCUUCGUUCCUUCUUUCUUUCGUUCCUUCCUUCUUUUCUUCCUUCUUUCCUUUUUACUUUCUUUCCUUCUUUCUUUCUUUCCUUCUUUCUUUCCUUCCUUCCUUCUUUACUCCCUUCCUUCUUUUCUUCCUUCCUUCCUUCUUUCCUUCCUUCCUUCUUUCCUUCUUUCUUUCUUUCCUUUUUCUUUCCUUCCUGCCUUCCUUCCUUCCUUCCUUCCUUCCUUCCUUCUAUACCACUUUCUUUCUUUCUUUCUUCCUUCCAUCUUUCCUUCUUUCUUUCCUUCUUUCCUUUUUUCUUUCCUUUUUUCUUUCCUUCCUUUCUUCCUUCCUUCCUUCCUUCUAUCUUUCCUUCCUUCCUUUCGUUUUCCUUCCUUUUUUCUUUCUUUCCUUUUUUCUUUCCUUCCUUCCUUCUUUUCUUCUUUCCCUUUCUUCUUUACUUCCUUCCUUCUUUCCUUCCUUAUUUUCCUUCCUUCUUCUUUCUUUCUUUCUUGUUCUUAUCUAUUCACUUCUGUCUUUUCUUUCUCUUUCUGCUCGAUGCUAUUUCUUUUUUCUCUUUCUUCGUUUAUAUUUUUUUCUUUUACUUUCAUUUUGUUUUUCAUCUGGAUAUUUCCGUUCUUUUCAUAUUUAUCUGUCUCUGUCCGUUCAUUAUCUAUUUGUUUACCAAUCUAUAUUUUUUACUUAUUUCUUUAAUGGGCGUUAAUGGGUUAAGUAACUACUUCCUUCUAACUCCUUCUUCUUCUUUUUCUCCUUUCUUUUCCCUCUUCUUUUUCUUGUUUUUAUUCUUCUCACUUUUUCUACUUUUUCUUCUUCACAUUUCUUUUUUCUUCUUCUCAUUUCUUUUUUCUUCUUCUUCUCAUUUCUUUUUUUCUUCUUCUUGUUUCUUUUUUCUUCUCCUUCUCAUUUCUUUUUUCGUCUUCUUCUCAUUUCUUUUUUUCUUUUUCUUCUUCACAUUUCUUUUUUCUUCUUCUUCUCAUUUCUUUUUCUUCUUCUCAUUUCUUUUUCUUCUUCUCAUUUCUUUUUUCUUUUUUCUUCUCGUUUCUUUUUUCUUUUUCUUCUGCUCGUUUCUUUUUUCUUCUACUUCUUCUCGUUUCUUUUUUCUUUUUCUUCUGCUCGUUUCUUUUUUCUUCUACUUCUUCUCGUUUCUUUUUUCUUCUCCUUCUCAUUUCUUUUUCUUCUCAUUUCAUUUUUCUUCUCCCCAUUUCUUUUUUCUUCUUCUUCUCAUUUAUUUUUCUUCUUCUCAUUUUUUAUCUUUUUCUUCUUCUCAUUUCUUUUUUCUUUUUCUUCUUCUCAUUUCUUUUUUCUUCUCAUUUCUUUUUUCUUCUUCUCAUUUCUUUUUUCUACUUAUCAUUUCUUUUUUCUUUUUCUUCUCCCCAUUUCUUUUUUCUUCUUCUUCUCAUUUAUUUUUCUUCUUCUCAUUUUUUUAUCUUUUUCUUCUUCUCAUUUCUUUUUUCUUUUUCUUCUUCUCAUUUCUUUUUUCUUCUCAUUUCUUUUUUCUUCUUCUCAUUUCUUUUUUCUUUUUCUUCUCCCCAUUUUUUUUCUUCUUCUUCUCAUUUAUUUUUCUUCUUCUCAUUUUUUUAUCUUUUUCUUCUUCUCAUUUCUUUUUUCUUUUUCUUCUUCUCAUUUCUUUUUUCUUCUCAUUUCUUUUUCUUCUUCUCAUUUCUUUUUUCUUCUUCUCAUUUCUUUUUUCUUUUUCUUCUUCUCAUUUCUUUUUCUUCUACUUCUCGUUUCUUUUUUCUUCUUCUUCUCAUUUCUUUUUUCUUCUUCUCAUUUUUUUUCUUCUUCUUCUCAUUUCUUUUUCUUCUUCUUUUCAUUUCUUUUUUCUUCUUCUUCUUCUCGUUUUUUUCUUCUCCUCAUUUCUUUUUCUUCUCAUUUCUUUAUUCUUCUUCUCCUCAUCUCUUUUUUCUUCUUCUUCUUCUUCUCAUUUCUUUGUUCUUCUUCUUCUCGUUUCUUUUUUCUUCUUCUUCUCGUUUUUUUCAUCUUCUUUUCGUUUCUUUUUCUUCUUUUCUCGUUUCUUUUUCUUAUUAUUUCUUUUUCUUUUUCUUACUUCUUCGCAUUUCUUCUUCGCACUUCUUCUUCGCACUUCUUUUUCUUCUUCUCACUUCAUCUUCUCAUUUCUUCUUUUCACUUCUUCUUCAUAUUAUUCCAACUUAUUCUUCUCACUUCUUAUUCUCAUUUCUUCUUCUUCUCUCUUAUUCUUCAUUAAACGACUUUUUCUUUUCACUUCUUUUUCUUGCUACUACUUCUCACUUCUUCUUCUUCUUCACUUUUUUUCCUUCUUCUCAAUUGUUCUACUCAUUCUUCUUCUUUUUAUACUCCUCCUCCUUCUUCUUCUUGCUCUGUCCUCCUUUUUCUUACUUUUUGAAUCCUUGUUUACUUUUCUCACCCUUUCACCCUUCCUCGCGUCUUGCGGUCUAUUCUUUCUUUUUCUCCCGCAAUCCAAUGUUCCACACCUAACUCAAUUUCUCAUCCAGUGCCACUCCCGCCCGUCGCCUUUCUCCUCUCCGCUCCAUCCUUUUCACUUACUCUUCCUGACCUUCCCACCUUCAACUCCUUUCUCUUCUUUCACCCAGCCACCCGUCGCAAUCGAUGUCUGCCAUUUUAUCUCUUCCUUCUCAUUCAUUUUCCUCUCGCCAGAAAAUCACCGGUGUAAAUCAAAUAAACAGUAG